GGAGCACCGAUUGCGGAGCCCCGUUCCCCACAUACUUCGACCACCUCUCACAGCAUCAUGUCUGCAUCCAAUCUCCCUUGCCAUUGCUGACGGAUGCCUUAUUGGAGGAGUAUUAUUUGACGUCAACGCACUUGACUAUUCUCAUCAUGACUCAAUACGGACCGGUGGGAGACUUCCCCGUCAUGGGCAAGAUAGUUUGCAUCACAGGCGGCGGAAGUGGUAUUGGUUUCUCCUUUGCCAAACUCUGCCACGAACACGGCGCACGCGUCCUCAUUGGCGAUCUCAAAGUCACCGCCGAGGCGGAGGCGUACAUGUCCUCGUCAGCAUCGAAGGGGGAUUUCGUUUUUGAAAAGUGUGAUGUUUCGGAGUGGGGAGAUCUGAAGAGACUGAUCACGAAGUCAGUUGAGAGGUUUGGAGAGGUCCCCGAUGUCUACUCCCCUGUUGCGGGCAUCUUCGAACCACCAUGGAGCAAUUUUUGGGACGACGAAACCGACGGGUCGUACAAGACGCUCCGUAUCAAUCUCGACCACCCCAUCAAACUCACCAGGUUAGCCAUGCGAGCCCUGGCCGGCGCGGAGAAGCAAGGCGUUGUAGUCAUCGUUUCCAGCACCGCGGGGAUACGAGCCAACUACCUCGCCUGUCUGUACUCUGCCUCGAAGCAUGGCCUGCUCGGGUUUGCGAAGUCCAUGGGCCAGUCGGAUGUGGAUGAAGGGGUGAAGGUGGUUUGCAUCCUUCCCGGUACCGUCUCCUCGCCGUUGUGGCACGAUCGACAAGACAAGUAUAGUCAAUGGACGAAGUUUACGGAGCGCAAGUCGUUGGAGACGGGCGACAUUGCAGAGGUAAUGUUGAAGAUGGUGCAGAAGGCGGAGUACGACGGCGGGACGUGUGUGAUGAAGACGCCGCUGGAGGAGAAGAUUGUGGAGGAGGGACAUCUGAAGCAGGUGCAGAAAUUGAAAGAGUAUGAUCCGUCUCCGCGACCCGACGCUGACAUCAGUGAGAGAGUGCGGUCUGUGAUGCAGAAGGAAAGAGGGAAAAAGUGGCAGUAGAGGGGAGUACAACGAGAUGCAUUAGCCAUACGAGGCUGAGGGAGGUGCUCAUCCCAAAGCAUGUUUGUAAUGCACACAUUGCCCGCGUCGACAGCAACGUCGUCUCAUCACUCUCGUCUCGUUUCGCUCACGAGGGUUUUCA